GGGUGGGAAGUAUCCCAAAAUGCAAAACCAGAUUUCGGCGAAAAAUCCAAUUUGGGUUCUGAACAACAUCGCGACGAAGGUGGUUCCACCGCCGGAGGUUUUGGUUCCGGAUUUGGCGGAGGAGACACUGGCUUCAGACGUGGCGGUUUAAGCCGUGGCACAGGACGAGGAGGCUUUGGAGGAAAUUCAGGCUUCGGCGGUGCUUCCCGUAGUGACGAGCACGGAUUUGGAGGGGGAAAACGUUUUGGAAAUACCAAUUUUGCAACAGAAGGAAAUAAUGAAGAUUUUGGAGCUGGAAGUACUUCAGAAUUUGGCAAUUCUGGUUUUGGAAGUUCUGGCUUUGGAUCGGGGGGCAAUUCUGGAUUUGGACGUGGUGCAAAUGGAGAAGGUGCAUGCUAUAAUUGCGGGAAAGAAGGGCACCAGUCACGCGAUUGCACUCAGAAUAAAAAAGCUCGGGGUAAAUGUUAUAAUUGCCAGAGUGAAGGGCAUCAGUCUCGUGAUUGUCCUGAGCCACGCAGAGCACGAGAGGAAGGUUUUAGAGGAGGACGCGGAUUUCAAGGUUCUGAGUCGAAUUUUGGUAAAAAUGGUUUUGGAAGCCGCAACAACUUUUCCGGAUUUGGUGCCGGUGCCGAUAAUGGCUUUGAUGGUGGAAGGAAGGGAAGCGGCUUCGACACAGGAUUUGGUAGCGCGGCAUCGAGUAGGUUUGGCGGAAGUGCCUCCACCGGCUUUGGUGACAGCAGAGACGGAGUUUUCUCCGGUGGUGGAUUCGGUGAUCGCGGCGGCUUUAGUGACGCCGAGAGAAGAGAUCGUAGAUGUUUCAACUGCAAGCAAGAGGGACACCGUUCAAACGAUUGCCCAAUGCCAAAAAACCAGUCUUGCUUCAACUGUGGACAAACCGAUCACCCUUCCCGUGAAUGUCCUCACCCGCCGAAUCAUCAGGAUCGUCUCAUGGAUGAACUGCAACGAAAACCUUUGUCGACGUAUGUCCCAAAAGAUGAAGACGUUGAGUUACUGUUCAAAGAACACAUCGAGCAGGGCGAGUUGUUUACGAAAUUGUUUGAAGCCGAAGUGACCCUUAAUGAAGGUGGUCUGCAUGGCAGAACUGAGAGGGGGAAGAAAUUUACGUGAGU